UGUGUUGCGUUCCCGGAGACUCAAAACGAGGCUGCGUCUCGAUGAGGGCGCGCGGACUGCAUUCCUCCUCAUUCAUGCCGUACUGAGACUUCACACUCGGAAAGUGCACGCGGAGCUUUACACACUGCUGCCGAGGAAAUGUACUCAAGUUUGAGAUUUUACGCAUGGCGAGGAUAAUAAACCAAGGCAUCAAGAGCACAAGGCUAGCGGCCAUGGCGCUGCAGAUGAUGGUGUAGACGACAGCUCUGUGCUAAGAGAGAGAGAGAGAGAGCAGAAAGGACACUGGGUCAAUAAGUCGCUCUCCUCAACAUAGACUGACAGACGCUGUCCAGGUUUUUUCUGGGACCAGGAUCACAAAGGUGAACGUAUCACCUGGCCUACCGCUUCCUCUAAGAAAGAUACGAAAAAUGCUGCCGUAUGGUAGGGGGCACCUUCCGGCCUCUCUUUGUGAGGCCUUCCUCCUUCUCUUCUUCCUCUCGUUCCUCCCUCAAAAUGGGGGGCUCGAGGUUAACCUCUCUUCCUUCCGAACCUUCACUCCACCAGAGGGAGGGCUUACUCAUUUGGUCGUCCAUAACAAAACGGGUGAAGUCUAUGUCGGUGCUGUCAAUUGGAUCUACAAGCUCUCCAGCAACCUGACCAAGCUCCGAAGUCAUGUUACCGGUCCUGUGGUGGAUAAUGAGAAAUGUUACCCGCCACCUGGUGUUCAGUCUUGCCCUCAUGAGCUCUCACAGACCAACAACGUCAACAAGCUGUUGCUUCUCGAUUCAGGACAGAACAGGCUUAUUGCGUGUGGAAGCACCUCACAGGGUAUAUGCCAGUUCCUCAGGCUGGAUGAUCUCUUCAAGCUGGGUGAACCACAUCACCGUAAGGAGCACUACCUUUCUAGUGUCUCCGAGGCGGGCACCAUGUCAGGAGUGGUUAUUAGUGGAUCCCAAGGGGAAGAUAGUGGCAAAUUGUUUGUUGGUACACCCAUUGAAGGAAAAUCUGAAUACUUCCCAACUCUCUCCAGUCGUAAGUUGAUGGCUAAUGAGGAGAAUGCUGAUAUGUUCAGCUUUGUCUACCAGGAUGAGUUUGUCUCCUCACAGCUCAAGAUUCCGUCCGACACACUUUCCAAGUUCCCUACAUUUGAUAUCUACUACGUCUAUGGUUUCAGCAGCGAGCAGUUUAUCUACUACCUGACUCUCCAACUGGACACCCAACUCACCUCGCCGGAUGCUAGCGGUGAACAAUUUUUCACCUCCAAGAUUGUCCGACUCUGUGUGGAUGACCCCAAGUUCUACUCCUAUGUGGAGUUUCCAAUUGGCUGUACCAAGGAUGGUGUGGAAUACAGAUUGGUUCAAGAUGCCUACCUCAGCCGGCCCGGUGCCAAGCUGGCACGGUCUUUGGGUAUCUCUGAACAGGAGGAGGUGCUGUUUACUGUUUUUGCUCAGGGUCAAAAGAACCGGGCCAAGCCACCUAAAGAAUCAGCCCUUUGCCUGUUCACACUGCGUAAAAUCAAGGAAAAGAUUAAGGAGAGAAUCCAAUCCUGCUACCGGGGUGAAGGGAAACUGUCCUUGCCCUGGCUCCUCAACAAGGAACUGAACUGCAUCAACUCACCUCUGCAGAUAGAUGACAACUUUUGCGGCCAGGACUUCAACCAGCCUCUAGGGGGCACCACUACUAUUGAGGGAAUUCCUUUAUUCUUGGACAAAGAUGAUGGGAUGACUUCAGUGGCAGCGUAUGACUAUCGUGGACAGACCGUAGCCUUCACUGGCACCCGUAGUGGCAGGAUGAAGAAGAUCUUGGUGAACUCCAUUACCCAGCCUGCACUGCUGUAUGAGAACGUGGUGGUGAGCGAAGGGAGCCCAAUUUUAAGAGACAUGCUGUUCAGCCCUGACCACCAAUACAUCUACACGCUCGCAGAUAAAGAGGUGAAGCGAGUGCCAGUGGAGAGCUGUUCUCAGUACAGCAGCUGUGGAGAGUGUCUGGCCUCUGGUGAUCCUCACUGCGGCUGGUGUGUCCUGCACAGUGUCUGUUCUCGUAAGGACCGUUGUGAGCGAGCAGAUGAACCCCAGCGAUUCGCCUCCAGACUGGAGCAAUGCGUCCGGCUCACAGUACAACCCAACAACAUCUCUGUCACCAUGUCUGAAGUCCAGCUGGUUCUUCAGGCUCAGAACGUCCCAAGUCUGGCAGCGGGAGUAAACUGCUCAUUUGAAGACUUUACAGAGACUGAGGGACACAUCAUGGGGGGACGCAUCUACUGUCUGUCCCCCUCCACUAGAGAGAUCAGUCCUAUCACACGCAACCAGGGUGACAAGCGGGUGGUGAAGCUCUAUCUGAAAUCUAAGGAGACAGGGAAGAAGUUUGCCAGCGUGGAUUUUGUCUUCUACAACUGCAGUGUCCAUCAGUCGUGUCUCUCAUGUGUGAAUGGCUCUUUUCCAUGCCACUGGUGCAAAUAUCGACACAUGUGCACCCACAAUGCCAACGACUGCUCGUUCCAGGAGGGCCGUGUCAACAUGUCUGAGGAGUGUCCCCAGAUCCUGCCGUCCACUCAGAUCUACAUCCCGGUUGGUGUCAUGAAACCCAUCACCCUGUUGGCCCGAAACCUCCCGCAGCCCCAGUCUGGCCAGAGGAACUAUGAGUGUAUCUUCUACAUUCAGGGCAAGGAGUACAGUGUCACUGCCCUGCGUUUUAACAGCACCAGCAUACAGUGUCAGAAGACCAUGUAUGACUAUGAAGGAAAUGACAUCAGCGACCUGCCUGUGGACCUCUCCGUUGUGUGGAAUGGAGAUUUCGUCAUUGACAACCCCUACAAUAUCCAAGCGCACCUGUACAAGUGUUUCGCCAUGCGGGACAGCUGUGGGAUGUGUCUGAAAGCAGACCCGCGCUUUGACUGCGGCUGGUGUGUUCAGGAGAAGAAGUGCUCGCUCAGACAGGAAUGUGCUCCUCCAGAGAGCAGCUGGAUGAACCCCAGCGCGGGAAACAGUCGCUGCGCUCACCCUAAAAUCAACAAGCUGUUUCCGGAGACCGGACCCCGGCAAGGUGGAACCAGACUCACCAUCACUGGAGAAAACCUCGGUCUGCAGUUCAGAGACAUUAUGACGGGUGUUCGACUGGGAAAAGUACCCUGCAUUCCUAUUGAAGAGGAAUAUGUUAGUGCAGAAAGGAUUGUGUGUCUGCUGAAUGAUGCCACAGGGUACCGUGUACAGGAAGCCCAAGUAGAGGUUUGCGUGAGAGACUGUGUGGCCGACUACAGAGCCCUCUCACCAAGGGCUUUCACGUUUGUGACGCCAUAUUUCGCCCGUGUCCAGCCUGCUCAGGGACCCCUUUCAGGAGGAACCAGAAUCACAAUCGAAGGAAACCAUCUCAACGCCGGCAGCUCUGUUGCGGUCAAUAUUGGACGUCACCCGUGCCACUUUAAAAAGCGGAGUUCAAAGGAAAUUGUGUGUGUGACCCCGGCCGGCGUGAAUGCAGUAAGUACUCCGGUUAUGGUGGACAUUGACUCAGCUGAGCUGAGGAACCCAGAGGUGAAGUUUAACUACACAGAUGACCCCACUGUCCUGAAGAUUGACCCGGACUGGAGCAUCGCUAGCGGUGGGACUCUGCUCACAAUCAGCGGCACCAACCUGGCCACCAUUAAAGAGCCCAAGAUCCGUGCCAAAUACGGUUCUGCCGAGUCCUUCCAUAACUGCACGGUUUUCAACAACUCGGUCAUGGUCUGUCUGGCCCCGUCGGUGGCUGAUUCAGAAAGAGGCUUUGCUGAGACCGGCAGUGGACCAGAUGAGAUCGGCUUCUACAUGGACAAUGUUCACGCUCUUGUGGUGGUCAACGAGAGCUUCAGUUACUACCCGGACCCCAUCUUUGAACCCCUCAGUCCCACAGGCAUCCUGGAGCUCAAACCAACAUCCCCACUCAUCCUGAAGGGUCGUAAUUUAAUUCCUGCCGCUCCUGGAAACUCCAGACUGAACUACACCGUGUUUAUUGGAGAAACGCCAUGUGUCCUGACGCUCUCAGAGACGCAGCUGCUGUGCGAAUGGCCAAACCUCACCGGCCAACACAAAGUCACGAUCCGGGCAGGAGGGUUUGAAUAUUCACCCGGGACGCUGCAGAUCUACUCGGACAGCCUACUGACGCUGCCUGCCAUCAUUGGCAUUGGAGGCGGUGGAGGUUUACUGCUGCUGGUCAUCAUUGCUGUGCUCAUUGCCUACAAACGCAAGUCCCGGGAUGCCGACCGGACACUCAAACGCCUCCAGCUGCAGAUGGACAACCUGGAGUCCAGAGUCGCUCUCGAGUGCAAAGAAGCUUUUGCCGAACUCCAGACUGACAUCCACGAACUGACCCAGGAGCUAGAUGGAGCCGGUAUCCCGUUCCUGGACUACCGAACCUACGCCAUGAGGGUGCUGUUCCCGGGCAUCGAGGACCACCCGGUGCUCAAGGAGAUGGAGGUACGGGUGCAGGCUAAUGUCGAGAAGGCCUUGACUCUAUUUGGUCAACUCCUCACCAAGAAGCACUUCCUGCUGACAUUUAUCCGCACGCUUGAAGCUCAACGCUCCUUCUCCAUGCGUGACCGUGGCAACGUGGCAUCGCUCAUCAUGACAGCUCUACAGGGAGAGAUGGAGUACGCCACAGGAGUCCUCAAACAGCUGCUCUCUGACCUCAUCGACAAGAACCUGGAGAGCAAGAACCACCCCAAACUGCUGCUCAGGAGGACUGAGUCUGUUGCAGAGAAGAUGCUUACCAACUGGUUCACUUUUCUUCUGUACAAGUUCUUAAAGGAGUGUGCAGGUGAACCGCUCUUCAUGCUAUACUGUGCUAUGAAACAGCAGAUGGAAAAAGGCCCUAUAGAUGCCAUCACUGGAGAGGCCAGAUACUCCCUCAGCGAGGACAAACUCAUCCGACAGCAGAUUGACUAUAAGACUCUGACUCUUCAUUGUGUGAACCCGGAGAACGAGAAUGGCCCAGAGGUGACAGUAAAAUGCCUGAACUGUGACACAAUCACCCAAGUGAAAGAGAAGCUUCUGGAUGCUGUGUAUAAAGGAAGUCCAUACUCGCAGAGACCCAAAGCAGGAGACAUGGACCUGGAGUGGCGGCAGGGGCGGCUGGCGAGGAUCAUUCUCCAGGAUGAGGAUGUCACUACAAAGAUUGAUAAUGACUGGAAACGCCUGAACUCACUUGCACACUAUCAGGUAACAGACGGGUCAGUUAUCGCCCUGGUGCCAAAGCAAAACUCUGCAUACAACAUCUCAAACUCGUCCACGUUCACCAAGUCCCUCAGCAGAUACGAGAGCAUGUUGAGGACAGCCAGUAGCCCGGACAGUCUGAGGUCCAGGACGCCCAUGAUCACCCCUGAUCUAGAGAGCGGAACCAAACUCUGGCACCUCGUGAAGAACCACGACCACGCAGACCAGCGCGAGGGAGAUCGCGGCAGCAAGAUGGUGUCAGAGAUCUACCUGACACGACUGCUGGCCACCAAGGGUACACUACAGAAAUUCGUUGAUGAUUUGUUUGAGACGAUAUUUAGCACAGCGCAUCGUGGCAGUGCUCUCCCUCUCGCCAUCAAAUACAUGUUUGACUUCCUGGAUGAGCAGGCGGACAAACACCAAAUCACAGAUUCAGAUGUUCGGCACACCUGGAAGAGCAACUGUUUGCCGUUAAGGUUCUGGGUGAAUGUGAUAAAGAAUCCUCAGUUUGUGUUUGACAUCCACAAGAAUAGCAUCACGGAUGCGUGUCUCUCAGUCGUGGCCCAAACCUUCAUGGACUCCUGCUCCACGUCCGAACACAAGCUCGGCAAAGAUUCCCCCUCUAAUAAGCUGCUCUACGCUAAAGAUAUUCCCAAUUACAAGAACUGGGUAGAAAGGUAUUACUCAGACAUCGCACGCAUGCCUGCCAUCAGUGAUCAGGACAUGAGUGCUUAUCUAGCGGAGCAGUCCAGACUCCAUCUGAGCCAGUUCAACAGCAUGAGCGCCCUCCACGAGAUCUACUCCUACAUCACCAAGUACAAAGACGAGAUCCUGUCGGCGCUACAGAAAGACGAGUUAUCUCGGCGACAGAGACUGCGCAGUAAACUGGAACAGGUUAUCGACACCAUGGCUCUGACAAGCUGAGAAACCCUCCCCGUCUGUCCGCCCACCUCAGCGGUCUCCCCCUGACCUCCAGACCCCGUCCCCUAAGCCACAGACACACACACAUACACACACACGCAUACUAAGCUAACGGACUGCAAGGACAGAAGCAGUACACUGGAGACCCCUCAGCCCAGGGUGGAAAUCCUCGUUUAUCACUUCCUUUGAACUCAACACUCACCAGAAUGUCUCCCCGGAUGCCACGUCCAACCAAUAGGACUUUUUUGGGAUUUUUUUUUUCCAUAUCGGAGUUUGUUGAGCCACGUAUGUGUGCUUUUACUCACCAAGGAUGUCUUGUAUUAUGAGCCAGAAGACCUUAAAAGCCCAUGAAGGAUAAAUUGUGGUGAUUUUUUUUUUUCUUCCCACAAUCGGAGUUUUAUUUCAGCGCUUAAUUUCGUAUUAAAUAGUUUUGCUCUUCGGGUUGAUCGAACAACUCCCUCACUCCAGUCUCCUGCCACUUGUGUUACUGCUGAAUUUGCACAAUUUACAGGAACUACAACAAAUGAAAAUGAUAUAAAUAUAUAUAUAAAUGUGUAUAGAUAUAUAAAUACAACUGCAUUUUUAUACGAAAAGAGUGAAAAGACGCGUACAAAGUUUUCCAUUUUAACAUAGAAAAAGAGUAAGAUGAAUUUGAUAUGUGAAACAAAAGACUGAACUAUGAAAAAAACAAAACGAUAUUGAAAAAAAUGUCCUGUGCCAUGUUUUAUUUGAAUGUUGUUUAGUGCAAAAAAAAAAAAAAAACAAUUUUCUUUAGAUAAAAUGUGCUUUGAUUUAAAUGUUGACUACCCUAGUGACUGAAGAACUGAGAGUGAAAAAAAUGUGCAAAAAAAAACAAACUCAGACAAAUGUGUUCCCAUGUGGUACCUUAGUGUUUUUUGGAGGAAAAAGUCCUCGUGAAAAACAAAGGGUUCAUUGUUUAGUUGGUGGAUGAAUCUGUGUAUUUAGUUUGUACACUUUUUUCAACCUUUAUUGCUAUUAUGGUUUGAGUCUGAAAGCCACUUGAGGACAUAUUCUUUGCUAUUCCGUGCGAAAAACAUGAUUGAUAAUUAAUAAUUGGCCGUUUUCAUCUUGCGUUCAUUUCCAUUAUCAGACGUGAGCACUCUUAAGCCUCGGUAACUUUUGCACAAAUCAGUCUAGAAUGAAGGAAAACUUGAGAUUGAAGAACCUACGAAUGUGUUCCAUUACUGAUGAUGUCAUUUCCAGAGGUUUCUGUGACAUCACAGUAAAUGUAGCAAAUGUUAAUAUCAUGCAGUUACAUCUCUCUUUUAACUGUUUCUACUUUUUUUUUUUUAAGCUUGAAGUGAAACUUUGGCACACAGAACGCCAUAUGAUCACGUGAAUGUGUCCCUCAUUAGUUAGUUAGUAGUCAGUUAAAGGGAUAGUUCACCCAAAAAUGAACAUUUGCUGUUAGUUUACUCUCACUCAGGGCUUCUGAAAUCCUGAAAUUAGUGGAUCAUUAAAGAUUGAGGAAUUAAAACAAAAAUAAACACACUGCAAAACCCAAAAAGUUAAGGUAAUUCCAUUUAAGGAAACCGAUUGCAACAAACCAUUUAAGUUCAAAACUAAUCCUGAGUACUGUGAAGUUUGAGUAAAUAAAGCAAUUUGAGCACAGUAAAACCCGAUAAAUAAAGAGAACUCAAACUGAGUACUGUAAAGUCCAAUAAGUUAAGGCAACUUAAACCGUUUGAGGAAACUGAUUGCUUCAAACCAUUUAAGUUAAAAAACUAAUCUAUACGAGUACUGUCAACUUACUCCAUUUAAGUUGAAGUAAUGAGGUAAUUAAUUAACUUAUUACCUUCAACACUGAAUUCAAAACACUUUUCAAAUAAAUAGAAUUAACUUUCAGUCAAUUUUAAGUUUACUACACUCAUUUAAUUCGAUAAAGUUGACUGUUGGGUUUUACAGUGUACAGGUAAAACUAAAUGAGUAGCUGUGGAUUUUGACAAUAAUCAAAUGAUUAUUUAAAUCACCUUUAAUGCACAUCCAAAUAAGUGGAUAUUACUUUUGUUUUAUCAUUCAUGUUAUGAAUCACAGUUUCAGCAAAAAAUCUGACUGAAGAAAAAGUCACCUACAUCUUGACUGACCCGAGGGUCAAUAAAUUAACAGCAAAUUUUAAUUUCUGGGUCAUCUAUUCCUUUAAACCCAAAGCUGAUCACAAAGGCACUGCAUUGUAAAAAGUUAUUCAUUUAAUUUAAUUUUAUAAAAAGUGAGUAAACCCGUUUAUUUUAAAGCGUUUUGGUUGACUUAAAAAAAAAACUUUUUACUGCACGAUAUUGGAAAAAUCUGACAUUACAAUAUUUUGUGUUGCUGCGAUUUAUAUUGUGUAAUGAAUACUUGAAUAGCUUUAUUUGGAAUACAAUUGUUAACUUUGGUUGGAAUAAUCUUGUAGAGGAGUGAAACAAAGAAAUUGCUAGAAUAAAUAAAUUAAAGUGAAAUUAGUAGUCAGAUAUUCCAACACAAUCUCAUGGCAAUUCGUAACUUUUUGAUUUAGUGGCUAAUUUGUAUGAAUUCGUAUGUUCUAAUUUGUACAAAUUAGUACGAUUUGCUCAUCCCCCAAUGACGGUUGGGUUUAGGGGUGGGGUUAUGUGCCACACCUCCUUUUUAAAAAUUUUACAAUUUCGUACUACUGACCUAGUACAAAUUCAAACGAAUUAGCCACAAAACGGACAAAGCAUAAAAUACUUACGUUUUGUUGUGAGAUCAGGCUGGAUAUUCAUGUACAGUAAUACGAUACGAUACGAUAUUAUCAUGAUAUUUCCCCCUAAUAAUAAUAGAUCACGAUAUCAGCGAUAUAUAACAAGAAAACCAUCCACAGAAUAUUUAGGUAUUUGUAAAUGAAGAAGUAAAAAAUGCAACAAAAAGUUAUAAGAUGUAUUUCUUUUAUUAUCGGCACAUAUAUUUCUUAGAAUUGCAACACUGACUACGUUUACAUGGACAUCAGUAAUCAAAUUAUUUGCCUUAAUCGGAAUAAGACGAUGAUAUGAUUAAUGUGUUAACAUGAGUUGCUUUUUAAAUGUACUUUUCAUGAUCAUGUUUUACAUGUUUAAGCACAUAAUUCGAUUAACGUCAUUGCGUUUCCGCACUAUCCACAUUUCCUCUGGAGUUUCAUGUAAUUUCGGGUAUUUCAUUUUUAAUUUGUUGACAUUAACUGCAUUUUGACUAUUUCACUUUCAUUUAGGAACAUUUUAUGCUUGCUCCCUGUGACAAAUGAGAUAUUGGAUGUAAGUAGGAACUACUGGAAGAGUGUAGGUUUAGUUGAAUUUAAUAGCGCACGCCAUAUGGGAAAAAAAAAAAAAAUCUUAGCAUUUUGCGAUGCCGAGAACAGUAUCAUUAGCCGUAUGUAUAGACUAUCCUGUCGCAAAAUGCAGCGUAAAAUCCUACACGACGGCAACAGUUUAAGGUGUUUACAUGUCUGUACUGCACUUCAAUAACUAAAAUCGACAUACUCCACGUCUUAAUCCGAUUUCUGUUUAGUUCGAUUAUGACCCUAAUCAGAUUACAAAUGAGCUGUUUACAUAGGGAACUCUUAAUCAGAGAAUUGUCUUGAUCGCAUUAAAAUCAGAUUGUUGGUGUCCAAGUAAAUGUACUCAGUGAUAUAUGUUUGAUCCACCAUUACGAGAAGUUCCAUCUCAUGUAUAUAUCUGUUUUGUGCUGUCCCUAUUAUUGAAUACUCAAAUGUAAUGUAAAAUGUAAACACUCUACAUUCUUUAUUGCCGAUCAACUAUCAUAAUAAUUCCAACUCUGCAUUGCAGUUGCUGCAAUGUGAUGCGGUAUCAAAGCUGAAACGAUAUAUUGCAAUGCCCUAAUGUGCAUCAUUAUAAGAAUUAAGUUAGGUCAACUUAACGGUGACAAUGGGUUUAUUCACUUUUUUAAGUAAAGUCAACAAGUCAAUGGUUUAAUUGACCUUUUAAUUUUUAAAGUAAAGAAACAAAUUGCUUUUUCCAAUAGAAUUAUUGUCACGUUCUUAAACGUCCAUUGUAUCAGCACUAUUUUUUUUUUCAUUUUUGGGGAAAUAGAUCCAUUUCAUAAAGUGUAUUUAUUUUUUGUUUCAUUUAAGCUCAUAAGCUACUCAGCUUCCCUAUGACAUGGGUUUAAGCGCUUCUUUUUCUCACUCCUGUUGAUUUUCAACAAUCCACUAACUCCCUUCCAUCAAGAUCAGUGAUUUGCAGUGUUACAAAUACAAAUGUGAAGCGAUCCUCAAAGUCAAACUGUUUCAGGGGCAUCAAGCGGAUGAAGUGGAGCUCUGCUUUGCUUUUCUUCGCCAUCUUGGUUGUUUAUGGAGUUUCUCUUUAUCCUCUCUCUUGCGAGAGUCAGUAAGUCUGCGAGGACGUGUGUUGCAGCGACUGCGCUUUCAUGUGCUGCAACGGUUCUCUUAAAGUCAGUCAUGUUCAAACAAGAGAAAGCCUCUCCUCCUUUGGCUUUCCUCUGAGAUUAAAGCAGAAGUAGACUUUUCUGAGAUGCGAUAGAAGCGUCUUUGAAAGAUUUAGGUCAGAAACCCAAUGAGAGAAAGAGCGAGUCGCACAAACUCAACGGUUGACGGGGCCUUGCUCGCUUUUUUACCUCAGCCAUACGUCAGGGUUCGUUCCAGAUGGGAAAGUAAUAAAAUCUGUACGCUUUUAUUUAUUUCGGGAUUACGCUUAAUGAUUUGUACGCCAUUUCUCCUAAUCAAAUGGGAGCAGGUCUCCACAACUCUCCACGAUGUAUCUUCCAUGGUAAAGACAAUCCCUCCUUGGACUUGAGAUGUAGGAAUUGCCUUCAUUUUUUUUUUUUGUCUUCGAAGAUAUAGAUCGAUGUUGGAUUUGUUUGCUUGGUAAUGUUAUGCUUUUAGCGAUCACUUCUGUCAUUAGUUUAAGUGCAAGUUGAACAUGGAAGGAACUGUCGAUGGAGUAAAUAGAUAGAUGGACUUCCUAUACACAUUUUUGGAAGUGUUUGUCUUCAUUUUAAGCAUUAGAAAGGAAAACUUAGGAUGUAUCGGUGACUUGGAUCCAUCCGUCUAGCUUUUCUUAUGUUAGUUCAUUCUCAGAUUAGUUUCUGCAUGCUUUGACCUUACAGAAUACAAGCAUGCUGUUCUACAUUCAUUCCAAAGGCUGAUGAUGUUCAUUCUACAUAUCAUUAUGUACGAUCUGAUCAUAACUUUAUUUUAUUUUUAUUGUCAGAAGAUCUCGAUGUGCUUUUGCUUUGUGCUACGUUGGCAGGAUUUUGGUGAUUGGUGAUUGUAAAGCAGCUGGUUGCGUUGUGCAAUGUCUCAGGACAUGUGUUUCACCUUGAUGUCGUCUUUGCCUUUUCGUUCGAUUUGUUUUUAAUGACGAGUGCUAUCUUAGAGUUUUUUUCAAUCGUUUUGGUAGAUGUUGAGUUGUGGAAAACGUGGACCUCUUCAGAGAUCAUUUCAGUGUAACGUAUUUGAGUGAUGCUUCUCGUUUUGUGAACUACUUUGAGUACAGGAACAAACAAACACACUUAAAAAAGAUGAUGUAGAGGGAAAACAAGCUGAACAGAAGGUGUUUCAGACUCACAGAGCUUUCGUUUCGCACAGAGUGCCUUGUCAACUCCUCUCUCGUUUUUCUCAGCCGCCUUCGACCCUUCCAUUACCCAUAAUCCAUCUCUUUCAAUGCGCCUCUUUAUCGCUAUCUGGCCACAUCCUUUUUCUUACACUCCUACUCCUCCUUCUCAGUCCAAAAGACCAAUCCGGUUUUUUAAUUUCCCGCUCAUGGUGUUUCCAGAUUGAAGAAGAAAAAAAAAUCCUUUUUUGGAAGGAUGAAUUAACUUAAACAUAGGAACAAAAUGUGAGCAUGUAGAUUUCAAAGAAAAACGCAAACUAAAGAAUUUUAAUACUUUAUUAAUUCUGAUACCUUUUGAAGAGUUUCAGACUUGAAUCAACUGUGACAGGUUGGCUGUUAAAUGCUCAUUGUGUAAAUAUUGUGCUCUUUCCUAUUUUGCAAAUUUAUUAUGUGUAAAUAAACACAUGCAUCAAGGAGAGAUUAAACAUUUUUCGCUAAAA